AUGCCUCAAGAAGGGGAGCCGAACCCCACGCCAACGGCAACACCAGCCUUCAAUGGAGAAUUUUUGGCUUAUCUCUUAGUCUGUGGUGCUCUUGCCGUGUUCUUUCUCCUCUACUUCAACCGCGUCUUCGGAUCACUGCUGUCGUGGGGUAUACGAACGUACACCUGGCAUCGCUACCGCAUCUAUCUCGACAUACAAGCCUUACAAGUCUCCCUCCUCGGUGGGCGCAUAUUUUUCACUGGCCUACGCUAUCACGGCAAUAACGAGACCUUCCUCGUUCAACAUGGUUACGUCACUUGGCGAUACUGGCUGCGCCGCGUGCGCGAGGUGGACAUCAAGGCUUCGGCCCAGCAGCAAACGGAACAUAUGUCUUCGGCUACCAACGGACGACACUCGAACCUGCCCUGUAGAGUGACUAUGUCUUUGGUAGGUUUGGAAUGGUUCAUUUACAAUCGAAGCCCAGCCUACGACACUGUUUUAGCUGGGCUGAAGGAUUAUACAACUGCAGAGAAUGUGACGACAGCGUACGAAUCGAAAGAAGAUGCCGGUUCUCUUCGGAACCGAGGACAGAAGAAUUCCGAAAAAUCAGGUCAAUCUCAAGAAGCUCCUGAAAAGGAGACACCCGGAGCAGCUCUGCUUUCAAGGAUCGGAAAUACCUUGGGCCGCCGUGGCUCUUCUGCUAGCCAAAUCAGCACGCCUUCUGAUGCACUGGAAAGCAGUGAUGAUACUGCUCAGUCGGACUCUGACCUACCGUUUCUAUUACAGUUGUUUCCCAUCUUUGUUACGUGUCAAAAAGCGGCUGUAGUGAUGGGAAACGACAACACUAAGGCCAUCUUGAUUGUUAAGGCUGAUGGGUUAUCGGGAGAAAUAGACGCCUCAAAAACGUCGACACCGGAUCCAUAUAAACAAAUUUUCAAGAUCAAAUUCCAGCACCCCAUCGUAGAGAUGAGGGAGAACGACGACUAUAAAGAGGAUCAAGCCACAAGAGCAGGCCGGGAGAAGCUAGUGGCGCAGGAGCCCAGUCCAACAUACAAGACGUCUUUUUUAAGAAGGUAUCGACGCCGCGCCUAUGGAACGCUGCGAAAUCUUGUACCAUACUGGCGGAAAUCGGUUGAAUCGUUCUCGUUAGGUUCUCGAAGCCCGCUUACCACAGCCGUCUCACAAAUACCUGGUUCAAAUCAUUGGCAAGGGUUGGCCCGAUACCUGGACGAGGAUGAGCAAGAUGCUAGGCUUCGAUGGGCCGGUGUUGAAUACGCUGCAGAAAACACCAUCGUGGAUAGUCCAGAAGCAACGUUGACGAUUUAUUGGGACGUCGUAGGCAAGGUGACUGCAGAUGCUGCCAAGAGACGAUCUAAGGAGACCAACGCGGCAACGUACAUCAAUGGAGAUGAGGCUCCUGCAUGGGGAAUGAUUCUUGCUAUCAAGGGCGGAAUCGUAAAUUAUGGUCCAUGGGCGGACCGGCAGAGAGCCGACCUUCAGCGUGUCUUCGUACCUAGCUUGUCCAAGGACGCAGUCCCCGCAACACCCCUUCCCGAAGGGGUGUAUCGUGUUCCCACGCAAUUCAAACUGUAUGUCGAGUUAGACGACGAGGUGACGCUCCACAUACCGACAAGAGAAGACUCUAAGAACUGGAGAUGGAAAGGCAAAGAGCCUCCCAUUAAAGCAACUCCACCACAGCAGCAGAAGCGAAAACAAAGAACCCGGGCAAGGAAGGGCAGUAAGACCGACGCUGCGCCUGUCCGCUCGGGAGGAUGGCUCGAUUUCAUUGUGCCCGGCAAUGCUACAAUAUCAUUCACUAUGGACAUGCUUGCGAGCGCAUCAGGAUACCAUAUGAAGCUUGACAUCGACUUACCCAGCACUGAGCUCGCCACCAGUGUAAACCAUGAACUUCUCUGGCGAUCAGGAGCCCAGCGCAUUUCUUGCGAUCUGUCUACCCCCCUCAAGUGGAACUCAUUGAGGUCCUGGUACUUUAACAUCGUCGCUGAUGACUUGGAAUUGUUCAUGCUCAGAGAUCAUGUGUUCUUGUUGACCGACCUGGUCGACGACUGGGCUACGGGCCCGCCAGCCGAGUACUUGGUAUUCACGCCUUUUAGGUACUACCUCAAUCUGGACCUCCGCAAAGUCAAACUCUACCUGAAUGCCAAUGAUGGUAACAUUAUCAACAAUCCUACUGAUCUUGACGAUAACGCCUACGUUGUUGCGAAGAGUCCGUCUCUCGUGGCCAAUGUCUGCAUCCCCAUCGAUAAGUACAGGCCUAGCAUGAAUGCUGUUUCAUUUGCCUUGGGAGCUGAGACCUUUUCCUUAUCUCUACACGUUCCACCAUGGAAUACACAGGCUGCUUUCAUAACAUCGAAAGAAAUUGGCCAUGGCGAAAAUUUCGAGCUCGAUGGAAAAUACCAUUACAAUGCCACAACGUCACCGGCCAACAUCGAUACCUUGACCCUGAAUCUUGGUCUUCAGUCGCCAACAGUAACCUUAUACGGCUUCCUGAUACGUUAUUUUCUAGUCUUGAAAGACAAUUAUCUUGGCGAUUACAUCCAUUUCAAGACGUUGGAUGAGUAUCAAGAGCUUCUACGAGCAAAAGAGCUUAAUCCUGAUGCAGAACUGGCGAACCGGCCGCCUCCUAAGAAGUCCAACGAUCUAGAUGUUAUCCUAAGUGUGAAGGUGGACGACCCUCGUAUCUUAUUGCCUGCCAAUCUGUACUCUAGCCAACGGCAUAUUCAAAUCGAAACUGCCGGACUCUCGUUGGAUCUCCGCUUCACCAACUAUUACAUGGAUUUGCAAGUCAACCUUAACCCCUUAAAUCUGUCUCUCGGCAAGGCAGCAUCUGGCUUGGAAACGCCAGUCAGCGCAGUUUCAAGUACGCAAAUGUUUAUCGACGGCGUCACUGUUUAUGGCCAUCGUCUCUUUGGCCUUCCUCCAACUGAACCGACAUACCUCUGCAAUUGGGAUAUUUCAGUGGGCACAGUUUCAGGCGAAUGUUCAACUGACUUCCUGACUGCUUUGGUAAGUGGAGGGAAAGCUUUCGCAUUUGAAUUUGAUGAUGACGAGAACGCCCUGAUACCAUUGUCGUCUAUCAUCGUGUAUGAUGUCACCUUCCUCAGGGUUGCGGUACAGGCUGUCCGAGUUUGGUGUCAUGUGGAGGAAGUGGCUUUCCUCUUUUCAACUGGCUCGCUCGACGUGAAGUUCAAUGAUUGGGCUCGGACACAUUAUUCCAGGCGUGCAGACAUUAAAAUCCCCGACCUCCAAGUUUCUUGUGUCAACUCGGAAUCUGCUAUGAGACACAAGUGGAAGCCUCAGUACGGUGUUGAAACGGAUGCUUUUCUUCAAGCUUCCAUCCGCGUGGCAAUAAUCGGGAGAAAAUUUCACUUUUCUGAAGAGCGCAAGCUGCAGCAGGAACUUAUCCGUCGCGAGGAUCAACGGACGGGCCGCACCGACUUUCUCCUUCUACCUGGUAUCUUGGAAGAUAUGCUUCCAGAUCAGCUUGAUCCGCCUGCACAGGGGGCUCCGCCAAUCCCUCAUCCGACAACCAUAGACGGUGUUAAUGGUGACCAGAAGUCUAUGGACAGCAGAUCAACGUUUAGCGGUAACCGGCGCUUACGCCACAAGAGUUCUUUUUUAUCCACCACCACUACCUCCAGUAGCAGUAGUGUGGUGAGACCCAGAAGCUCUGUUAGGUCACGCGCAAAGUCAAGACAGUCAGAUCUUCUCUACCCCGACAGCCUUGAAGCUACUGUGAAACGACAGUCACAGCACCAGCGGGACAUAUCGACGUCUACUGGACGUCAUUCUGCAUUCUACAGUGCUGUUGGAGACUUCCAUCGAGAUGCGAACCACCAUUCGUCCGUGGCCUUUUCCAGCCAAUUCUUCACCCCGCCAUUCCAUCUUGAAGGCAUUCGACCGGAUACAUCAGAAACUGUCGUGCAAAGCGUAGAGGAGCCAGAUGAGGAUUCUGCUUUUGGCUUUCCAAGUGUCAAGCUGGAUGAUUUUGAUCCAGAAUCGUUGGCAGAUGAUCGUGCCCAUAACAGUAUCAUUGUCGAAUUACCUUCUGGAAUCACUUUGUUCCUGAACCCCUCCGCCGUUCGACAUACAUCUUUGCUUAUUGCAGCACUGCAGCCGAGUGAACCAGAAAACAUUCUUGACAGUCUGCAAAUCGCUUCAAUGACCGAUAUCUUUGACCAUCAAAAGAAGAAGAAAGUGGCUGGUGAGAUCACCGACGUGCUGCUCAGAGUUCCGAAAGCCAGCAUUCGCUUUUUGAAUUCUUCUUCUGUUGAUCGCCUCAAUCCUGGGGGAGAGGAACAGGAUCAAUAUGAUGUGGCAUUAUCGAAAUUGUCACUUUGCCUCCGGUCAACCGAAGCCUGGGAAAACCCGGAAGAGCCAGUCAAAUGCAACAAAAGAACAUCCGUCCAACUGAAACUUGGUUCUGCCGAGGCAUCGGCGUCAGAACGACUUUCAGGUGCAGAGGAGAAUCAAGCCGCGUUCAUGGCCCAAAUCGAGCGUGUCAUGGUAUCGCUGGGUUCAAAAGAUGUCACUUACAUUGACGCCGAUAUUGGCAGCAUCAAGAGCAGUACGGCGUCUGAAAAAAUUGAGUAUCUUGCAUCACUUAUUCAUAGGACCGGCGUUGUUGCAACGGAACUGGGAGAACUACUGGGGCAGACCAUGUCUCGACACGAAGACCGGAUCAAGCACUUCGUUUUCAAUCUCAUGACAGACGGACAUCCUGUUGGCGACCCUUCGUUCUUGACACGACCGUCAGCAGUCUUGCGAUCCGCGUCAGAACAUCUGCGAACUUUUGACUCGUGGAAAAUGGUUUCUAGACUUCGCCAAAUAUGGACGAGAAUGCCAGCAAGUUUCAGAGACAGUCUACAGGUCAACUGCAUAUCUGGAGCGGUUUCUCCACCUGAUGAUGCUCUUCAAAGAGUCUUGGAUUCAUUUCAACGAUGGCGCAGCUGGGAUCUUUAUAACGUGGCGGGUUCUGAACUGAUCAAGAACGUCUUCGGCGCAGCCAACAGCGAUGGCAGCCUGGACACACCUGACUUGCCCAUUCUAGCUGCACUCCGAUUAAGUGAUGUUCAACUUCUUUUGGAUCCCGGCCCCAAGGAAAACAGAAUCAUAUUCGCUGAUUUGACCAUAAGACUCGAAAAGAAGAGCGCGGGGUCUUCAGAACCGCCCGAUGAUGCGAAUGCAGAACCAAAAAACAUGACUGUAUUGAAUGUCUAUUGCGGAGAAGCUGCGAUCAUGCUCAAUUGGGAACUUUGUGAGCUUGCGGAAGACGUUUUGCGACUCUACAACAAAUCUAAGCGGGGAACAAAACCUCGGCAAGUAUCUAAGAAGGAAAGCGCACCACCUGACAAAUCGAAGCCUCAGGACGCCUUUCACGUCGUAUUUGCCGUUGGACGAGGAUCGAUUGAAGUCGACACAAUCAACCUUAGUGCAACCUCUCUGGGCCAUAAUCUGAAAGCGUCCUGUUUACUUGAUGGAUACGAAAAGACUGGCUCAUCUGUCAAUUUCAUUUUGAGCUGCGAUGCCGUGACAUCUCGACUUCACCAUCGGUCCGAACUCCUGGGGAUAUUCCAGCUGAGAGAUCCAAGCGUUUUCGUUUCUCACGAGCUUCUUGAAACAGACACCACUUCUUGCCACACAAUCAAAUCAACGGCCAGCAGUCGCGCACUAACAUUUGCUGUGAAGCAGGACCCUCUCUUUCUGGUGGAGGUUGUCGACUAUUUGGUUAAAGAUGAAUUGACGCAAAUUCAUAAGCUUCAGAAACAGCUGCCAGAUUCUCCAGCUCCGCGAAGAGACAGCAUCAAAAUAGCUGAGCGACUCUCCUCAUUUCGGGUCAAUGUUGCGAUGUUUCUGGACGAGUACCUCAUCAGUAUACCGCUCCUCCAGUCAAUGACGUACAACAUAUCAGGUGUUGUGGCACGAGCAGCAGUGGCGGCCAACUUUGGAAAGGAGCUCAUUUUUGACUUUGACGUAAAAGAAAAUUCGCACGAGAUCCGAAUGGAUGUCAGAAAUCAACCGCGCAGCAUAUCUCUCCUGCGUAUUCCGCCCACAAAUGGUCGUAUUGUCAGCCACAUAGGCCAAGGAGAACAUUCGAUAUCUGUUUUUGGCUCCGUAGAACUAGUGCAACUCGAUGCUUCUGCAGUUUAUAGCUUACUACGGGCUUUAAACCGACCGCAGAUCUCAAGUGCCAUUACUGAGUUACAGGAAGGUACAAAGGCCAUUCAAGGUCAUAUAAAUGACAUGUUCGGCAAUGUUCCAGCUCCAGCUCCUCAAGAGACGUCACCGCCGCCGCAGACAUCAAACCUGGUGUACACGGUUCAUCUUACUUUGGCUGGUAUUGAAGUCUUCGGAAAGACGCCGCUUGUAUCAGAAAAGGAUCCCACAGCAUGCCUGUCGUUCGCCUUGGACCGAGUACACCUGGAAGUUGCUAAUCGCCAUGAAUCUCAUGGCCCCAUUUUGGCCCAGCCAGAGCUGCAUGUCAACCUUCGCCAGAUCUUGAUCGACGUACAAAAGGGCAGAGACAAUGCAAUGAGAUCUUGUGGUAGCCUUGCCUUGGGGGCUCUCAUUUCGGCGAACACACGACCCACUGAAGGCGGCAAAGAAGAAAGAUCGUUCACUUUCAGAAGUGAUGGACUGGCAAUAAACCUAUCGCCAGAGACUGUUUCAACUGUUGUUGCCGCACUGGGAUAUAUGGGAGACAAGAUCAAGGAUCUUGAUACGUCACGUGAACUCGAAUACCUUCGCAAGAUUCGGCAAACAAGGCCCAAAAUCGCGAUCAAUGAUCAGGAAGAAGUGGAAGAACCGGACAUUAUCGACUCAUUCCUCUCAACUAUCGUCUAUCGGUUUGAAGUGCGCGAUACUCAGAUAUGCUGGCUUGUCAGCGAUCCAUCAGACGACCUGAGACCCCUUGCAGAAAGCAAGGAAGACUUGAUCUUAUCAGUCCAACUAAUCAGCUUUGGGACACGCCAGACGAAGUCUGCUAGGCUCACUAUUGAGAACUUUCAACUACAGAUGGUUCCUCCAGGUCAAGACAAGAACCUCAGAUCCCUUCACUCGGCCCUGCUUCCCGAAAUCGUCUUCAACAUUGCCUAUGUAUCCAACCCGAACACACGCCGUUUAGCAUUCCAAGCUGUUGGCAAGUCUUUGGACCUUCGGUUGACGUCAGGUUUUAUUAUCCCUGCGGCUAUAUUGAAUGAUUCCAUUGGGCUUUCAAUCAAAAAUGUGCAGAGGGCAUCGCAGAAUUGGAGCACCGGAGCUGCCCCAGCAAAGGUCGACAAGGUCGAGAAGGUAGAAGAACCAGCUCCUGCGAGACGGAGCAUCCUAGGUACUAAGCGUCUUGAGUCUCUUCUUGUGGACGCUGACUUCUCUGGUGCCGUCGUCUAUGUUUCCGGCAAAAAAACAACAGACGGUCUUCGCGGAAGCUCCAAACCCGGUAGACCAUCAUUGGCAGGCAAAUAUGGUCAGUUCAGCACGGAUGACUCGGGCAGCAGCAGCACCGUUCUGAGAAGUCCUGGCCUAGCGUGGAAAUUUGAAUACCGAGACAAUGGCCACGAAGACCCUUCACUUUAUGGCGAGAUCAAAAUCGAUGCAUCAAGCAAUAUCUUAUACCCAUCAGUCGUACCACUUAUCAUGGACAUGACGGCAAGCGUUAAAGAGGUUGUCGGCAAAGACACAGAUGCUCCUGCAGUUCAGACGCCAGAGGCGGCUAGACCCAAACCUGGCAAUGAGGAUAAUAUUCUCACUGCGGAUCCAAACGCAGUCAUCGGGCGUCUGAAGCUGAAUCUUGGUCUUCGAAUUUGCCGACAAGAGUUUUCUCUCAGCUGUCAGCCCAUUGCCCGCGUUGCCGCGACAACUUGUUUUGACGAUAUAUACUUCACCGUCAAUACCGUUCGCUCCGUGGAGCAAGGCAAUUUCUUCUCGAUUUCUGGUGCCUUCUCUAAGCUACAGGCAUCUGUACAGCAUGUGUAUUCUCGAGAGUCAACAGGUAGCUUCGACGUCGAUUCAAUUGUUCUCUCUUUAAUGAACAGUAAGCACGUUAGUGGGACUAGUGGUGUAUCGGCCAUUUUGAAAGUCAGUCCGAUGAACGUGUCGAUCAACGCCAAACAACUUCAAGACUUCUUGCUUUUCCGUGAGAUUUGGUAUCCGAAUGAACUUCGAAAUACAACUACGGCGCCUGUUGCCAAGCUAUCGACAGAAACAUCGCAAGGUCACUUAGUCCAGAGAUAUCAGCAGGUGGCCGCAACAGCAGCUUUCCCCUGGACAGCGACAAUUUCUAUUGCCUCACUGGAUGUUGGUGUGGAUAUGGGUCAAGCCAUUGGAAAGUCGAAUUUUGCAAUCAAAGAGUUCUGGGUUUCGUCAAAGAAGACCUCAGACUGGGAGCAGAACCUUUGCCUUGGAUUCGAAAGGAUAGGCAUCGACUGCACUGGCAGGCUAAGCGGCUUCAUUGCUCUCCAGAAGUUCCAGCUUCGAACCUCAAUUCAGUGGCCAGAGCGAGAACAGGCACUAAACGAAACGCCAAUGGUGCAGGCGUCAGUUGGGUUUAGUCAAUUUCGAGUAAAGGCAGCCUUCGACUACCAGGCCUUCCUCGUUGCCGACAUUACUUCUUUACAGCUUCUCAUGUACAACGUCCGCCGAAGUUUGGAGGGCAGUGGAGAUAGGCUCGUGGCCAUUUUUGACGGAGACGCAGUGCAAGUGUAUGGUACCACGACAUCUGCAGCUCAAGCUGUCGCUCUAUACCAAGCGGUGCAAAAGCUCAUCCAGGAAAGACGAGCCAAUUUCGAGAUGUCGCUGCAAGAGAUCGAAAAGUUUAUGAGGAGGCGAUCAUAUGGGAGCUCCGCAGUUUCUCCUCAUUUGUCCAGCGUGCCCAAAUUUCGAGAGGAAGAUACGCUGUCAAAGUCGCCGAUCUCGCUCGACACAGAUGUUGUGGUGACACUCAAAGCACUGAACCUUGGCGUUUUCCCGAGUACAUUCUCCGACCAUCAAGUAUUCAAGAUGGAGGCUCUUGAUGCCGAAGCAAGAUUUGCGGCUAGUAUCGAGCAUCGACGCAUUCAUAGCAUUUUAGGACUUACUCUUGGCCAGCUGAGAAUCGGACUCGCAGGCGUAAGAAACAUUGAAGCGCCAAAAACUCUGAGCGAAAUAUCCGUGGAAGACGUAGUCGAGAGAGCAACAGGCUCGCGUGGCGGGACUAUUCUCAAGGUGCCCAAGGUGGGGGCGGUCAUGCAAACAUGGCAAACACCCAACCGCAACAGGAUCGAGUACAUUUUCAAAAGCGCGUUUGAAGGCAAGGUUGAAGUGGGAUGGAACUACUCACGCAUCAGCUAUAUUCGCGGGAUGUGGGCCAACCACACAAAAUCGCUACAGCAGACUUGGGGCAAAGAGCUCCCACUCACGGCCAUCAAGGUGACCGGUGUGCCGGAUACAGAGGAGCAGCAGGCAGGAGGGACGUCACAACAAAAGAUCACGGCCGAAGUCAACGUCCCGCAGUCCAAAUACGACUAUGUGGCGCUUGAGCCGCCCAUCAUCGAAACGCCCCAACUGAGGGACAUGGGAGAAGCUACGCCACCACUAGAAUGGAUUGGUCUUCACCGAGAUCGACUUCCGAAUUUGACGCACCAGAUUGUCAUAGUAGCUCUUCUGGAGCUGGCUGGCGAGGUAGAGGACGCUUACUCCAAGAUAUUGGGGUCAUGA